AACACGCGGACCCGGAAGUCCUACUAAUUCCGCGGGUCUUUUGGGACAACACUGCUACGUACAACACAGUGUGCAGAAAUGGCGGAUGUAAACACCAUGGAAAAGAAACUGGCUGAGUACAAGUGUGACACCAAUGAAGCUAUAUCCUUGAAGCUGGUUCGCUUUCCAGAGGAUGUUGACGACGACAGCACCACAUUCCACCCCGAGUACAGCCACCAAGUCUUUGGAGACGAUGAGGUUGCUUUUGGCUACAAAGGUCUUCAGAUUCAGCUCUUCUACGCCGCGGGGAACCUGAGUACCCUCUUCAAAGUGAAAUAUACCUCAAAAGUCACAGAGACGUACGACUGUGUGGAGGCUGAUGACGUCGAGGGGAAAAUUCGGGAAAUCAUUCCUGCUGGGUUCACCUGCAACACCGAUGACUUCAUCUCACUGCUGGAGAAGGAGGCCAAUUUCAAGCCCUUCGGCACCCUGCUUCACACGUACACGGUCCACAGCGAGGAGGCAGGAGAACUCACUUACCAGAUUCACAAGGCUGAGGUUACCUGCCCGGGAUUCCGGGAGUACCAUGAGCGCUUGCAGACCUUCCUCAUGUGGUUCAUAGAGACUGCCAGUUUCAUUGACGCAGACGACGAUCGUUGGGACUUCUUUCUUGUAUUUGAAAAGUACAAUAAAGAUGGGGAGACUCUCUACGCAACUGUUGGCUACAUGACAGUUUAUAAUUACUACGUAUACCCAGACAAAACCCGACCACGUGUAAGCCAAAUGCUGAUCCUGCCUCCGUUCCAAGGAGAAGGUCACGGAGCUCAGCUUCUGGAGGCAGUACACAGAUUUUAUUGCAGCUUGCCCAAAGUGCAAGACAUCACAGCUGAAGACCCCUCUGAGAACUAUGUGAAGCUGAGAGACUACGUGCUGGUGAAGCUUUGUCAGGGCCUGCCAUCCUUCGCUGUAGACAAACUGCACCUCGGCUUCUCAGCUGACAUGAUCAAAGAGGCGCAAGACAAGCUGAAAAUUAACAAGAAACAUGCCAGGCGAGUUUAUGAAAUCUUACGCCUCAGAGCGACAGACAUGAGCGAUGAAGACAAAGCGAGAGAGUACCGCUUAGAGGUGAAGAAGAGGCUGUUCGGACCCUACAGGAAGAAUCAGAGGGAGCUGGCGAAGAUGAGGAAGUGCCUACGGCCAGAGGAGCUGGUGUCCCACAUGAGUCAGAUGGACACUCAGACACAGCACGAGGAGCUGGAGAAGAGUUAUCAGGAUGUUGUGGAGGACUACAGGAGAAUCAUUGAGAGGCUAGCAUCACAGGCCUGAUCUGACUGUGAGAGGCUCCUGACCUGGAGCGUACCCGCUCCCACAUUACCACAGACUUUUUGCAGCAACCAAGAAGAAGACCUCUUGAUGCAGCAAAAAAAGGAAGAGAAAAAAAAAGAGAAAUCACUGUUUUAAUUGAAGAGUGUCACAAAUGUAUAGUAGCUGGUGAUAGGCUGUAGUAGAAAAGGGCCUUUCUGUUUCCCAGCUGGUGUUGAUACAGUAGAGGUGAGUAGUGCAGCCCAAGGGCAGAGGCUUCCUGUUUGCUUCAUGUGUUUAAAUCACAACGUUUGACAUGAAAUGACACGUAAUAUUUCACAGGUGAUCAGAGGUACACUGUCCUGCAGAGAAACCCUGCUUCUUUUCCAUCAUAGACAUUUUUUAAGAGCUUUUGUCAAAACAGUUUCCAGUGUGUGUGUGUGUGUGUGUGUUUUGAAGCACUUCAUACUGAAAGUUAAAAAAGAAAAGUGUUUUUUGUAUUUUUGGUGUGAUUCUUGUCAUUGAGAAGAAAAUAAAAUGGAGCAACUGAGUUUCUGUU